GCUGUCAAACAGACGCAGGAGCGCCAGCCCCGGCCUGAGCCCGAGGGGUCUGGGCCGCCGCGCCGGCUGGCAGCACUGGAAGAGAAGACCACUCCGAGACUUCACUGCACGAUUGAAGGCUCCCGGUAUAUUGCGGCCCGAGGAUCUGGUUCAUCCAGGGCGUUCGUGUUUGCACUGUGCCCUUGGACCUCCCCCGAGUUUUUCCGUUGUAAAGCUGCUUGACGACCAAUUUGCAUCGUGUGGCUCGGCUCCUUACACUGAAUUUGCACUACUGAGGGAGUGUGCUCAAAGCUCAAAGCACAACUCAAGUUUGCAUCGGAUGGAAAGUGAAAAUAAGCCACAGUGCACCGUGCGGCAGUGGAGGUGAUGGACCAGUGAAGGGGCAGAGGUGGUGUGUCAGGGCCACCGCCCAUGCUGCCCUGCUUCCAGCUGCUGCGCAUAGGGGGCGGCAAGGGCGGUGAUCUCUACACCUUCCACCCCCCAAACAGAGCUGGGUGCACCUAUCGCUUGGGCUGCAGGGCCGACCUGUGCGAUGUGGUCCUGCGGCCCCAGCGGGAGUCUUGUCUCAUCUCUGGAGUCCAUGCGGAGCUGCAUGCCGAGCGCAGCGGGGAGGACUGGAGGGUCAGCGUGGAGGACCAUAGCAGCCAAGGGACUUUGGUCAAUAAUGUUCGACUCCCAAAAGGUCACAGGCUAGAGUUGAGUGAUGGUGACCUCCUGACCUUUGGCCCAGAAGGAUCCCCAGCAACCAGCCCCUCGGAGUUCUACUUUAUGUUUCAGCAAGUUCGGGUCAAACCUCAAGAUUUUGCUGCCAUAACCAUCCCACGGUCUAGGGGAGAAGGAACUGGAGCUGGUUUCCAGCCCAUGCUGCCCCCACAAGGGGCUCCACAGCGGCCCCUCAGCACCCUCUCCCUUGCCCCCAAAGCCUCACUGAUCCUCAACUCCAUUGGCAGCCUCAGCAAGCUCCAGCCCCAGCCACUCACCUUCUCCCGGAGUGGAGGGAGUGGAGGGCGGCCACAGAGCCAGCCUGUCCCCACUCCUCCUGGGGACACAGGGCCGGCUCCCCCUGCCCCACCCCCAAGGAACCGGAGGAAGUCAGUUCACCGAGUGUUGCCAGAACUGGAUGAUGAGAAAGAAGCUCCAGAGAGCCUCCCACUGGCCCUUAUGGAGCCAAGGAAGAAACUCCGUUUAGAGAAAACCCCUCUGACAUCCAGUGGCAGGGAGUGACAACCAGGGAAGACCACCCAUUGCUAUGGACAUCAACUCAAGCCCUGAGGAGGCUGUGCUGGGCAAGGAGACAGAAGAGAUGGUUUCCUGCCAAAGAUACUGCUGCUUCCGGGAGGUUGCACUGAGCUGGGAGUUCCUAGUUUAUAAGCUGUAGGUCCUUACUGCCCCGGGCGCUAGGCUGUUGGGCCAGAGCACCAUCAAUGCAGGGGCCACUCCUGGGAAGCAGCAAGCCCCUGAUAACAAGUUCUCUGUUCUUGGGGAAACCCGGGCAGAGCCAAAACUGCCCUAAGGAAGUCCAGACUAUGACCUGGCUUUUCUAGCUUUGCUUUCAUUUCCAAAUAAAGAGCCAGCAGCUUUAUUAACACCUAGGUAUCUACUUUCCAUGCACUUGAUACUCCUUUUCAAAGCUUGGGAGAAUGGACUUGGUGAAGUGUGUCUGUCAUUAGGGAAAGGGGCAGAUGAAGCAGACAAGGCAGAGAAAUAAGCAACAUUUCAUCAGAUCUACAUGGAGUAGGCCAGAGGUGGGCAUUAAAACAAAGCAGCUCGGACUUCGUCAAGCUGAUGAUGCUGACAAAACUAAAUUCACUGGUGCUACCAACCAGGACAAAAUCUGGUCAGCUAACUAAAACAGGUAUUGACCUGUUUGGACCAACGUACUAGCGCAUUCUUGAACCAGUUGUACACUCCUGUCCUCCUGUGAGCUUUACAUUAAGCCAAGAUUCUAGACUUCUUACUAGGGAAGUGUUAUUUAGGCCUGUUACAACCUACGAGAUCACCAAUCCCCUUGCACCCCCACCUAGACUCUCCCAAGUUUUUUUCACAUCCAGAUAUAACUCCAGAGGCCAGGUUUAGAAUGGCAGUUUGCUGAGUCCCUCAUGGACAAGGUGGGCAAAACCUUAAUCAGAAGCCAAAUGGGCCCUGGUAUCAAGAAGCUAGGUCGAGUUUCUGACAGAAGUGUUUGCCCCCAAAAAAUGAGUAAAGACUUGAUUUCUUGGCAGAGACUACAGACGUCCAGUGUAGACAGAGGAAAAUAAAAGGCAUAGGUUAUAAAAAGCUUCUGGCCUGGGUUAUAUACAGUAGCGGCACCUGUGGGCAUUAAGCUCAAAUUUCCCAGGCCCUCCCUGAUGGUGCAGUGGGUUAAAGCAUAGCACUGCGAAGUUAGCUGCAGCUGCUUCAGCACAAGUUCAGCCCCUGGUCAGGCACCUCAAUCUGACCCACAUGGCACAGCAGACCUCUCAAGGCAUGGACGCC